GGUACUCCUGCGCGACGAUUGCCGCCGAGGGCUACAAGGUACGAAUCAAUUGGGCAUCGCAAGGUAGGAGGUCGAAACCCUAGUUUUCUAUUCGCCAUGGGAUCGUCUGCUCGUCUCUUCUCCUCCGUCUCCUCCUCGCUCCGGAGUUCUCUUCGCCCCUUCUCCUCCGCUUCCCCUCCGCUGCCGGGCGUCGAAUCCCUGAGCUUCUUCUCCCACGACGGCGCUGGCGAGAGCCCCGCCUACCGGCGGUCGAUGCUUCGCCCACCUCCGACCGUGAGGCCCUGGUGGUUGCUCUGGAAUUCGUGCAGCUUCAUCGGGACGGUGCGCCGUCCCGUGAAUCGAUUCGCCGGCUUUGAGUGCGGCGCCUAUACCUUUCUCGAGGUCGACAGACCUUCCCGAGACUCGGAUUCCUCUUCGAUCCAGAUAUUACUGGCAAUGUGGGACGAGCUGGCAGAAAUAUCACUAAGACAUUUGAAACCAAAUGAUUUUAUUUAUGUUCGUGGUCCUCUAGGUUGUUAUGAAAAGGUCAAUGCAAGUGGAAUUCGUGAAACCUUUUUCAAGAUCUUUGUUCAAGAUUUGAAUUAUGUCCAACAAAACAAUCAAAAUGACACUUCUCAUAAGCUUAAGAGUUCAGAGGAAGAAGAAUCAAGCGGAUCCACCUCAGGUGCAUCAUAUCAUGAAGAGGAGUAUGGUGGCCGUCUUCACUUGUGGCAGGUGUUCUUUGCUAAUCCAUAUGAAUGGUGGGACAACAGGCAAUCCAAGCCAUAUUCGGGAUGCCCGGAUUUUAAACACAAGGACACUCGUGAAUGCUUGUGGCUCCGUCCAGAUGAUCCUCCUUGGGUAAGAAGGCAGCUCGAACUAUAUGACUCCAACAUGGGAAACCAUCAGAGGAAUGUCAGUGGUUGGUCGGAGGUACAUCAAUGGAGAACCAAGGAUUUGGUAUAGUUCAAGUCGCAGUCUGGGAACUGGAAUUCAUGCUGCUUGCACCGGGUACCGAACCUUUCAAAUAUACCUAAUGCAAACAAUGUCAAACUCGUCAGACAUCAAGCUGAAGUUCAUGAUGAAAUGAAUAGGACCAAAGCAAUUGAUGCUAAUGAGUGUUGAGAUUUGCACCAAAAUGAAGAAACAAAGAGGAAGAAACCUCGAAAGCACUUCAAUUUUGCAAUGUUGUGAGCAGUGUUAGGUUGAAGUGGGAAAUGGGUAUUGGAGAUACUGUUACCAAAUCAUCUAACGCCAGAAUUAUACCGUUGCCCCAGCUGUGCUUGAGAUGCCCUUUCGAGGGAUUGAUCUAGAGAAUCAUGAUCAAGGUGAUUGGGUUAUGAUGAACCUCAGCUAUCCCCAAAAAUAUCCUUUUGCAAUUUAGUGAACAGCUUUUACUAAUUUCUGCCGCAUAUGGGUUCUUAUUCGCCAUGAUUUAUUAGAUACCCAAGCUUUCCCAAUUUCAUGCACGUUUGUGGUCUUAUUCACUAUUCCUCCGUUUUCUCCUUCCGCUACUCGCCGCCCGUUCCCUUUCUCAAAGUUUGCCAAUGGGAAGCUUCUGCGUCCCAUCUCUCUAUCUGACUCCUUCCUUUUAAGAAAAUAUAAAAUAUAUAAAUAAAUUUAUUUUAUUCCAUCAGCUUAAGUUUUUGGGAUAAGUAGUAAUUUUAACAUGGUAUUAAAGUAGAAGUUUUCUGUUUGAAUUUUGUCUUUGCAUUUUUUAACUUCAUUAUUAAAAUUUUCAGGUGUAAGAUGCUGGCUGUUGUUAUCAGAAAAAAGAUGUAAAUUUAGUGGCCGCUAAUCCAUAAUCAUUAUUUCUCAACCCUCAUUUCUACGCUCGAAUCUUGAUUGCUUAACAGAGAGAAGAUAAGAAGAAAAAUUAUAAGGGAAUUGAUAGUUACAUCCCUUCUGGCUAUAGAUUACCCUUUCCAUAACAAUUGAUAGACUGCAAGGGAUUAAAUUCCGUGGGCUCUCCUCUUCUUUUUUUCUCUCUUCGUUUCCUUCUUUUUCUUCGUUCUUCUUUUCCUUCUUUUGUUUGUCUACUACAUUCCUUUCUUUUCUUUACCUUCAUUUUUCUUCCUUCUUUCUCUUUGUUCUCCGUUCCUAUCCUUCUUUCCUUUUCCUAUUUUUUCCUUUCACGUUGUCCACCUGUUUCUCACACGUCAACGAGCCGAUUGGUAGCCCAAUUUGACCUCUCUCUUAGUUGGCCCAUUAGACAUUGGUAUCGCUUCGUACGCUCCUGCAUCCCUAUUUUUAGAGGGUAACCUUCCAGGUAUGUGACAUUAUAUGUAAGUCCGGGUAAACCACCCUUAUAUGUUCUUGCACCCAAUAUUUAGAUUAUAUCAUAAUAAACCCUCGACCUUGUCCCAUUAUCUUUCUUUUUAAGUGGGUAUUUUCUGAUCUACAAGGAUAGUAGCUGUUGGGAUUUCUUGUGAAAUGUGUCUUUUUUUUUUCCCCAACAAACUUCUGAAAUAUUAUCAUGAUAAACAGAAAAAUUGAACUUAGUAAUGCUACUAUCUACAACUAGAAAUAACAGUAUGUCCGAGUGCAGGGCUGGAGCCAUCAAAGUGUCAAGCAAGUUGGUGCAAAUUUUGGAUAGAACUAGCUGCAUUGCAUUCCAUAAGAGACUGUCUUAAGAAUGCAGCAGAUUGGCACUGUCAUGAAAAACUUCUGCGCCACCAUCACCAGUUAGCAUUCCGAAGGGUAGCGAGGAUCUACAGCGAGGGCCAAUUCAAGUCACAGGAUCGUCCAUCAAAGAUAUGGAUAUUGGAUAUCUUUGGGCAUCUGGUAUAUAAGGAUUAUGUAAUUGUUACUGGUGAUAACUUUGAAGAACAGGUUGCAGUAAUAAAAGAGCUCGUUUUCGAUUC